AACGUGCCGCUCAGUCGGACCCACUCCCGCUUCUAGUCUUUUCCCACAUCCCGCUUGCACGACCCGACACGGCCUCCUGUGGCCGCCUGCGUGAAGGGGGCACGACCAACCCACCCUCGAAACACAGCACACCUCAAAUCUCCAAGGGUGCCGGUUCGGGAUACCAAAACUUGCUGGGCAAGGACACGUCCAACUGGGUACUGGAGAGUUUGGCGCCCGUGAAAAUCUUUAGUGCGGAUGAUCACGACUAUUGUGAGCAUGUGCAUUCGUAUAAUGUACACUCGACUUUUGCGCUUAGUGGAGAAGAGGGAAAGGAGGGGAAGAAAGGCGAGAUGGUGACGUUGCACAAGGCGAGAGAGACGACCAUCAAGGGGUUCUCGAUGAACGUCAAGAUCCGACGACCGGGAUUUCAACUCGUCAGCUUGUGGAACCCGAUUCACUCUGACAAGGAAGAGCUGGAUUGGGAAACGCCCAAGCGUUCGACGGUAGCAGAUGCGCUGUGUCUCUUGCCAGACCAAACGAAGAUCUACACUCAUAAUUACUUUCCACUCAUCAUCCUUACCACUCUGCUCAUCGUAUGGAUGAACUUGUGGGCAACUUCUAGUGGUGCGAGGGGUAAAGACGACUCGCCUCUCCUCUUCCUUUCCGCACCCACGUCCACUUCUCAAGGCCACUAUUCAGAUGCGUCGUCUACAAAUCUUUUAGCGGAUCAAACAGAAGAGAUGCGCGUCACGGGUCGCACUGGAAGUUCGGGUCUGACUGUUCGGACUACGAGUUCAAAGCCGAGUCCGAUGCAGCUACACCCUACCCAUGGAUCCGAGGGGUCUGUUCCCAUGUCUAGAAACGCAUCCCCACGCAGUCAUUCCUCCAAUCUUGAGAAAGAGGACGAUGAAGAAGAUGGACAGUACGCCCAUGUCCGGAUCACCGAUGAAGAAAAGGGUGGUGGAAUGUACACACCCCGGACGGCCGGAUCCGCAUGGACAGCCGCUAGCUCUCCCAUUACUGAACGCGGCGGAAGUAGUAUCGGCAAGUCUGGCUCUUGGGAAAUCGGAAGUUGGAAGCGGAAUGGAGGGAGCGGAUUUGGACGACCGAGGAGUCCCAUGUUUGGCCUGGGCAUUACUUCCUCUGUCGGUGCUUCUGCAUCAUCUCCCCACUUGCGACCUUCGAGUCCGUGGGGCUCGACGUUUGGGUUGGCCCAGAAUGAGAGAGAGCGCGAAAAGUGGGUCGAGUCGGGUCAACGGGCGUACUCCAACUUUUCAAUUGUAGGAACUGGUCGAGGGGUGUGGAGAUAUAUGCGACAGUGGGAUUGGGCGAGGAGCGCCCAGGUGAUGAAGCGGUGGGCCAUGGGUGGUAGACCCAUUUCUGGUACACCGCUUUGGAAGAGGGUAGUAUGGGACGGAUCGAUG